ACUGCCGAGCGCUGCCGAGCCUUCCCGAGCGCUGCCGAACGGGGUCGGCUCGGUGUUGGUCCCGACCGUCCCCCCCCGGUCCCGCAGCGAUGCCCCGCACCCGCCCGGUGCUGCCGUUGCUGUUUGCUUUGCUGUGCUGCGUUGUGCUGCUCCUUUUACUGCCCGCCGCCCGCCGCCAUGGCCCGUCCCGCCGCCCGGCCAACAUCACGGUGCGGGUCUCGGUGCUGCCGGGUGACCCCGCCGUGUCCUACAUGGAGCCGGCCGUGCCGGGGCCGCUCGCGUCCCGCAGACCCGCCGUGCUGCUGCUGCACGGCCAGGCCUUCACCUCCAGCACGUGGCAGGCGCUGGGCACGCUGGAGCUGCUGGCUGCUGCAGGACACCGCGCUGUGGCCAUCGAUCUGCCCGGUUAUGGGGAUUCGCCCCCCGCAGGGAUGCUGGGCACGCAGCAGGGCCGGGCUGCCUUCCUGCUGUAUGUCAUACAGCAGCUGGGUCUGCACAGACCUGUCCUGAUCAGCCCGUCCAUGAGCGGCCGCUUUGCCCUGCCCUUCCUCCUGGCACACAGUGAGCAGCUGGCCGGCUUCGUGCCCAUUGCACCCGUGGGUACAAGGGAAUACAGCACCGUGCAGUACCAGCAGGUCCAGACUCCCACUCUGAUCCUGUACGGUGACCGUGAUACCGGGCUGGGCCAUCAGGCCCUGCAGAGCCUCCAGCACCUCCCCAAGCACCGCGUGGUUGUGCUGCCCGGCGCCGGCCAUGCCUGUUAUAUGGACAAACCAGAGGACUUCCACCGGGCCCUGCUGGGCUUCCUGGGCCAGCUGCAGUGAGCUGGGGGCAGCGGGGCUGUGCCUUUAUCCCUGUGCCAUGCUGGGAGCUGGGGGUGAAGCUGGGGGUGAUUCUCCAGCAGUGCCCUCCUGCAGCAUCUCCUCUCCCUCCUAUGGCUGGGACCGGAGGUUACGUGCUCAUAGAGUGAUGGCAUAUCCCACGUUGGACGAAGUGCACAGGGAUCACCCAGCCCAAACAUCAGCUCCUCACUGAACCACACAAACACUGACAGCGAUAUCCAAAUGCUGCCUGAGCUCCAGCAGCUUUGGGCUGCACCCGCUGCCUUGGGGAGGGGGCUGUUGUGCCCACCACCCCCUGGUUGCUCCUUUGAGUUGUAGAAGGACGUUCUGGCAGAGCCAGGGCUGUGGGUACGGUGCUGCGGUGUUUGCCGGGGGGGCCGUGAACUGGCAGGCAGGAGGUGCGAUCCGCCUGUCCCGGGGCCAAUAAACACAUCGUGCUCCGCUC